CCUUCCUGGAUCUCCUUUUCCCAGCACCCAUUCUUUGGACUGUCCGGUCCCUCAAGAACCUCCUCGCCAGGAGCCCCUUCCCUUAGACAUCCUCGGCCUCUUCCCUUCAGCACCCAUCGCUCUGAGCUACCCACUACCUCGAAAUCGCCCUGCCAGACGCUCAUCCCGGGCAGCCUCGAAUCCCUUCCUCGUGGAAUCCACCCGGACAGCACCCCUUCCUUCUCCGGUGUCUGCUCCCCUGUCUCCGCGGGCCUCGAGCCCGCGUCGCCCCCUUGGGUGCUGCCCCAACAGCGUCACGCUCUCCGCUGCCCCUGCCUCUGAGCCCCCUCCCCGCCCCUGGCGCCAUGGCUUGCAGCCUCAAGGACGAGCUGCUCUGCUCCAUCUGUCUGAGCAUCUACCAGGACCCGGUGAGCCUGGGCUGUGAGCACUACUUCUGCCGCCGCUGCAUCACCGAGCACUGGGUGCGGCAGGAGGCGCAGGGCGCCCGCGACUGCCCAGAGUGCCGGCGCACGUUCGCCGAGCCCGCGCUCGCGCCCAGCCUCAAGCUGGCCAACAUCGUGGAGCGCUAYAGCGCCUUCCCGCUGGACGCCAUCCUCAACGCGCGCCGCGCCGCGCGACCCUGUCAGGCGCACGACAAGGUCAAGCUCUUCUGCCUCACGGACCGCGCGCUGCUCUGCUUCUUCUGCGAUGAGCCCGCGCUCCACGAGCAGCACCAAGUCACCGGCAUCGACGAUGCCUUCGAGGAGUUGCAGAGGGAGCUGAAAGAGCAGCUUCAGGCCCUUCAGGACAGCGAGCGGGAGCACACGGAGGCCCUACAGCUGCUUAAGCGACAGCUGGCGGAGACUAAGUCUUCCACCAAGAGCCUGCGGACCACCAUCGGCGAGGCCUUUGAGCGGCUGCACCGUCUGCUGCGAGAGCGGCAGAAGGCCAUGCUGGAGGAGCUGGAGGCGGACACGGCCCGCACGCUGACCGACAUCGAGCAGAAGGUCCAGCGCUACAGCCAGCAGCUGCGCAAGGUGCAGGAGGGGGCCCAGAUCCUACAGGAGCGGCUGGCAGAGACUGACCGGCACACCUUCCUGGCCGGGGUGGCCUCCCUGUCUGAGAGGCUCAAGGGGAAAAUCCACGAGACCAACCUGACAUACGAAGACUUCCCGACCUCCAAGUACACGGGCCCCCUGCAGUACACCAUCUGGAAGUCCCUGUUCCAGGACAUCCACCCAGUGCCAGCUGCCCUGACCCUAGACCCUGGCACUGCCCACCAGCGCCUGAUCCUGUCUGAUGACUGCACCAUCGUGGCCUACGGGAACCUGCACCCACAGCCCCUGCAGGACUCACCAAAGCGCUUUGACGUGGAGGUGUCGGUGCUGGGCUCUGAGGCCUUCAGCAGUGGCGUCCACUAUUGGGAAGUGGUGGUGGCAGAGAAGACCCAGUGGGUGAUUGGGCUGGCGCACGAGGCCGCCAGCCGCAAGGGCAGCAUCCAGAUCCAGCCRAGCCGCGGUUUCUACUGCAUCGUCAUGCACGACGGCAACCAGUACAGCGCCUGCACCGAGCCCUGGACGCGRCUCAACGUCCGGGACAAGCUGGACAAGGUGGGCGUCUUCCUGGACUACGACCAGGGCUUGCUCAUCUUCUACAAUGCMGACGACAUGUCCUGGCUCUACACCUUCCGGGAGAAGUUCCCCGGCAAGCUCUGCUCCUACUUCAGUCCCGGCCAGAGCCACGCCAACGGCAAGAACGUGCAGCCCCUGCGCAUCAACACGGUGCGCAUCUAGUCCAGGCCUCCAGGCCGCUGCAGCCAGCAGGAGCCCCGCCUGCACACCAGAGGUCCAGGCCCAGGCGCCUCUGCCUGGUCACCCGCAGACCUCAGGCCACUUGUUCGCCCUGGGGCCUCCGUUGCCCUGUGUGUGACACGGAGGUCGUGCUCCACGAGUCCUAAGCUCUCUUGAAGCAUUAAAGUUCUGUAAGCUCUGACCUUGAUGAGGAUGUGACAURGCUUCUCCUCAAGGCAGUCCCCACCCAGCCCUUAUCCCCAGCCCCUCAGGGAAAGGGCACUACCUCCCUGUGUCUCCUCCUGCCCAGCUGCCUGGCCUUGGGAUGUGUCAGAUGUGGUCAGGAGUUGGCAGCCUGAAAGACACAGAAUCCUCAAGUCUCAUGGCCUAAGUCUUGCCCCUGACCAAGCUAGUGAUGGUCAUUUUACCCUUGACCCCAGCCCACCAAGGACACAGGCAGUAGCUGGUCCUAGGGUUGUCACAGAACCCCCCUCUCAACCCCCGCCCACUUCUACCAAGAGCUGUAAGGCUCCACUUUCCCCAACUGUUAUACAAAGCAGAGACCAUGCUGUAGCCUGUGGGAAGGCACUGAGUAGUUGAGGCCACAUGUGAGUUACCAUGUCACCACCUUCCUGCCCAAAAUCUGAGGGCAAAAUGAGGGCACCCUGGAGACCCAGGUAGAUCACAAGCUAAUGGUAUCUGCAGGACAGCAAGCAUCACUGAAUGACAAAGGUCCCCAGCAGCUCUGGACUCUGGUCCAGCUACCCCUUGCGGCCAGGCCUCUGUGACCUGCUAGGGUACAGAAAGGCUGCUGGGAGCAGUUAUUUUAAUCAGGACCUGAGCACUGGGAGGAGCUGUUAGCUCAGACACACACACCCCCUUCAGACUUGGCAUCUAUCUCACUUAGGAUCCUGCUGCAGAAACAAGAGCCACUUUAGCUGGCUGAAUUAGGUAAGGAUUCAUUACCAGCUCCCUGGGAGUUUGCAUCAGAAGGGAGCAGUAGAGUCCUUGCUGAAUUUCCAAGAAAAAUUCCCAGCUGCCAGACUCAUCCUGUCAUGACCAGGGAAGCUGUUCCCCCCUGCAGGAAGCCACUGUAUCAGAAGCCGCUGACUGCAGCACUGUGCCCCCUCUGCCACCGUCCAUGCCAGCAAAUGGAUGUCCCAAGGCCUGCCUCUUCCACUAACUCAGGUCCCCAAUCCAUAUUUCUACAAGGGAUUUGCUACCUUUACUGCAAGGGAGUCUGGGAAAUGUAGUUUCCCUCUUUCCAGCCCCAGCCAUGCAAAAAAGGGCACUAGAAGAAAUUUAGCCUGCAAGCUGAGCAAGCCCAUUGCAUUUUCUGCCACAGCAUCCAUCGUGAAGCGCUCCUGCAAGAGGACUUCACCUUAAGCAUGGGACCAUGGGGUCCAGGAGAGUCCCCAGGUCUGCUAUGUAGAAAAGGCUCCAUCCCACCUUGGCUUCAAAGCAACAGAGCCCGGAGGUGCCCUGCCCUACCUAAAAGCAGCAACCUGAGAAUGUGCCUGCAAGAUCGCACUGAUUUCUCACAAGCCCUGGCCUUUCUUUCUAGUCCUGAGGCGUCAACUCUGUACUUGGGGUCUCAGCACACCUAUCAGAAAGGAGCCAGAAGAGCCAAACUUGAGGGGCUCCCACUCCCAACGGCCAUGCACUCAGGCCUUCCCUGAGCAAGAGUAAACCUCAGCCCUGCCCAACCCCUCAACUCCAGAGUCUGGGCCUCCCCCAGCAGUAUUUUUAUUUAAAAAUGUUUCCCAUU